CGCGCAUUGAAAGUUGAUAUGGCUGCAGUUAGUUUUCAUCUAGUUUUUGUCGCGUAAUGAGAAUGUAAUCAAGACAAUGGCAAACUUUGGUAAAGGCAAAAGAAAUGGGCAGUACUGGCAGAGACAGUCAGUAUACACUCCAUCAUUCGUGGAUCUUGAGAAAUACCUUCCGAAGCCUAAGGAUAGUGAUCUACCUGCAUUCACCCGGAAAACCCCAAAGCAAUCUACAGUUAUUAGACCAACAGAAUAUAAGUCAAACAAUUAUGCUCUGUAUAAUGACAGAAGCAGCACGAACUCUAAUUCUUCAACCUCUAAAUGUACAAACACAGCAACUUCUUCAGAUCACGCAGCAAUCAGUGUGAAUGUCACUAAUGAGCAAAGAACAAUAAGCUUAAGUCAUGGGAAGACACUGAACAGCUUGAGUAGAGAAAGUAUUGGGAGAAGACCACCUAAACGUCGUCAUCACUCCACUGUAACUCCAGACUUUCAAGAUGAAGUCAUAACCAAACGAGUGAAAAGAUAUUACAGUACCUCCCAAGCAACAUGUAAUAAUACUGCUAGGUCAUUAAGAUUUCAGCAGUUUGAAGUAGAACCCCCUGUGUUUACCCUGGAAACACUUACCCAAGAGAUACAAGAGGAAACCUUGAAAUGUGUGCAAACUGUUGAGACACUACAAAAGAAAUUAAAGUUGAAAUCUUUUCUAGAAAGAACUUUGUCACCAUUUUUUCCAGGUUGUUCUUUACAUCUUUGUGGCUCGUCAAGCAAUGGCUUUGGUGGUAAUACUAGUGAUGCUGAUUUCUGUUUGAUUUUAAAACAUCUACAGCAGUCAAAUAACCGGAAAGAAGCUCUGCCAAUUUUGAGGAAAAUUCAGAGAGUAUUGGACAAUGACCCUAAAAACACUUUCCUUAGUAGAUGUGCAGUUAUUCCUGCAAGUGUACCAAUUUUGAAAUUCAAGGAUAUGAUCAGUGGCUGUGAGUGUGACAUCAACAUUAAUAAUAUUGUAGGUUUGAGGAACACCCACUUGCUCAGAGCUUACUGUGGAGUGGAUUAUCGUGUCCAGCCACUGGUGAUGUUGGUGAAGAGGUGGGCCAAAACACACAACAUCAAUGAUGCUAGCUUGGGUACACUCUCUAGCUAUGCUCUUGCUCUGAUGGUCAUUCACUAUCUACAAGGUGUUUGUAAACCUGCUGUAGUUCCUGUCUUACAAAGGCAAUAUCCAGCAUUGUUCAGAUACACAAGUGAUUUCUCAAGCCUUUUAGCCCUGAAUCCGUGUAAAAGUAUGGUCUGCAACCAAUCAGAGAACAGACAAUCUAUAGGAGAGUUAUUUAUUGGAUUCUUCAAAUACUAUGCUGCGGAUUUUAGCUGGAGUACUGAUUAUAUUUCCAUUGCACUUGGUGCUGCUUAUCCACGAGACUCGCAACGUAAAAGGAAGUUGGUUUGUGUAGAAGAACCAUUUGAUGGAAAUAAUGUCGCCAAAGCUGUCUGCAGUGUUGAAAAAUUCGAAAACAUCAAAAUGAAAUUCAGGCUGGCGUGGCAUACACUCAAUAUAUCACCAAGUCUGGAGAGUAUCAAGGUUACCUGACUAAAACAUUGAAUGUAAAACCACGCGAAUGGCCAUUUUUGUCAUGCAAUGCAAAAUUGAACACGAGUAUAAGAUAAGACGGCGCGAUUGCCGGCUUGGACAACCUCGACCUCGGCAAACCUGGCUUAUCAUGGCAAGACCCUACACCAACUCUCAUAUGUCUUGUUAGAGUAGAAGGUGCGCUAUGGAUAAGGAAAUACACAUCUCCAACUGCCUUCGACGUUCAACAUUCUUCAACGGGAGCACCGUACGUGGUUCUAGUUUCAAUCUUGUAUAUACAGCUUACUCGUUAGAAUUUGGAGAGGAAUUCGUCUCGCUGCUCUUUUUGUUGUACCUAAGAUUUCCAGUACACACGCGUAUGAGCAAAAACAAAUUCAAGAAGGGUUUUUUUUAUGAAACGUGGAACGUUUUUGAUAACGUUCGGUUACCAUUGCGUUUGAUUAACAAGUGCAGAUUUGUAAAACUUUCCUAUCAUUGCAUUUAAUGAUAAACGAUCACCACUAAGCUUGAUAUAUAUGUAUAUCGUAGUUAAAUUUUAAUGGCGACCGAAGCUACUGUGCCAUGUUGAACUGCGUUUAUGGGUCUGAAAAUGACACUUCCUCACCAUCUCCAAAUUUUAUUCACAUUCUUAAAAUGUUUUCCACAUUUCUUUGAAUCGUGACGAGCAUUAUAGCGUUUGAGUCGUGACUAAAGCCUCAGAGUUUAGAGAAACGAUACAUGAUAUGAAUUUUAAGACCCCUCCUAUUUAUCUAAGAGUACGACACAGAGUUUUUUAUAUAUAAAUUACAUAUUAUAAUUUAGUUAAUGAAGUGUAUAUGAUAUUUAAUGAUAUCGUGGAAUUAA